AUGGACGUCAUCCGCAAGUAUCUAAAGACGGAUCUGCCGCGCUACCUCAAGGGGCUGCCCCUACCCCGCACGUUUUCGGGCUUCCUGAAGCUCAAGCAGGCUGACUGGAUGUACCUGGCGCCGCUGCUCAUCACGGUGACGGUGCUGGCGCUGACGCUGUUCACCGGCAAGGGGAGCUCGAAGCCUGGGCGGGUGAACCGGAAGGUGCAGCUGGACAAGGAGAAGGUCGUGGACUUUAUGUCGGUGCCGGACGUCGAGGACGUGAUCAAGGCCAAGGGCAAGUGCACGGUCUGUCGCUGCUGGAAGUCCAAGAAGUUCCCUUUGUGCGACGGCUCCCACGUGAAGCACAACAAAGAGACGGGGGACAAUGUCGGACCCCUUGUGCUCACGGCCAAGAAAGCCUAG